UGGCGUUGUUUUCUGUUGCCCACGCGCUCCAGCGUAUAGCAUUUUGUUCGUUCGUUUGUUCUCCUCUUCCUCUGUGUUCUGUUUCCGUGGGCGUUUUGGCCCCCGCGAGAGCCAAAACGUCACCCCCCGAAGCGGAUGGCGCCCAACUAGAUCCCGUGCACCCCGGGUCCACGUCGAUCGCCUCCCGCAUCCAUGGAAAAGUACCGCAAGGUCGUGAAGCCCAAGUCCACCGAGGAAAUCGCGGAGGACGAAAUCCGUGUGACUGCCGCUGGCAGCGUCUCCGCGUACGUGUCCCGCGUGGCCAAGGUCUUCACCGAGCUGGAGAAGCCCAGCGUCACCAUCAAGGCGACGGGCGGGGCGCUGACGAAGGCCGUGACGCUGGCGGAGGUCGUGAAGCGUCGCUUCAAGGGCCUGCACCAGAUCACCAGCGUGGGAAGCCUCGAGGUCGUGGACGAGUACGAGCCGAUCGAGGAGGGCUUGGACCCGGUCACUGACACGCGCACCCUUACCGUUAUCGAGAUCAAGAUCUCGAAGGAGCCCCUCGACACUUCGGACAAGGGGUACCAAGCGCCCAUCGACGAGGCCCUGGUGACGGACUACGACCCAGACAAGGUGUCGAAGUCCCGGGGCCGCGGCAAGGGCAAGGGCAAGAGCAAGGGCAAGGGCAAGGGCAAAGGCAAGGAGCAGAGUGCCCCCAAGGGCAAAGGGAAGGGGAAGGCCGAGGAGCCGAAAGGUAAGGGCAAGGGCAAGACGUCCAAGGGCAAGGGCAAGGGAAAGGAGGAGCCGGAGCCGAAGGGCAAGGGCAAGGGCAAGAGCAAGGGCAAGGACGCACCCGAGCCGAAGGGCAAAGGGAAGGCGAAGGGGAAGGAGAAGGACACAGGCAAGGGUAAGGGCAAGGGCAAAGCCGAGCCCGAGCCGAAGGGCAAGGGCAAGGGCAAGGACAAAGACAAAGAUGCUGCCAAGGGCAAGGGCAAGGGGAAGAGCAAGCCCUCGAAGAGCGACUCCUGGGACUACCCGCCCCCGUCGUCCAAGGGCAAGAAGGGGUCCAGCAAAGGCAAGGGCAAGUCCUACGACGACUACGACGACUACGACUCGUACUCGUACGGCAAGGGGAAGUCCAAGGGAAAGUCCAAGAGCUACGGAGACUACGACGACUACGACAACUACGGCUACGGGAAGAGCAAGGGCAAGGGCAAGGGCAAGAGCAAGGGCAAGGGCAAGUACUGAUGCAAGUCGCCCAUGUUCUCAAGCUGGAGCUCUGCCAGGGGGGGUCACGAGUGAACGCGUAGGUCUGCUCUUCCUUUGCUCAGGGCGCCUCUCAUCCUCUUCGCUUCGUCCUCAGUCUUCGCCCUCCUCUUCUUCGCAGCUCCCUUGGCAUGCAUGACCGGUCGGAGGGGACCCUAUAUUACCUGUCCAGCUGCUUUAUCAUUUUCGAUCUCCCGUUCCUCCUCCUUUCCUCCUAUGCCCU